CUUCUUCUCGCUGCUAGCAUGCAGUGAUCGGGUGUAAAGAACAAGAGUCAACAGGCAUGUUUUUAAAGAAGCCAUAAUGUUACGCAAGACCAGUCAGAGAGGCGGAGCUUCAACCAUAGAGCACUGACCCACCGAACAGCUGAGCCUCUUUGAGCACAAGGGAACAGGAGCAGGUCUGUUCAGCUGUCCUCCAGCCCCACAGACAGGAGCAUGCAGCCCGGAGACACAGUGAGAGCCGUGAGAAGCAGCAGGGUGCUUGUGGGUGAUCAUAUUCUUCCUGCUGUUGUGGUUCUGAAGGAGGGGAAGAUCCAUGCCAUUCUUCCAAACCCCAGCCCCGCCCUGGACCCUGCCUGCCAGGUGGUGGACGUGGGGGACAGCCUGGUCAUGCCGGGCAUCGUGGACGCCCACGUGCACGUGAACGAGCCAGGCCGCGCCUCCUGGGAGGGGUUUUGGACGGCCACCCGGGCCGCUGCCGCUGGGGGGGUCACCACCAUUGUGGACAUGCCCCUCAACAGCAUCCCUCCCACCACCACCCUUGACAACUUCCGUGAGAAGACGCGGGUGGCUGAAGGGCAGUGUUUUGUGGACACAGCCUUCUGGGGAGGCGUUGUCCCUGGCAACCAGCGGGAGCUGCGGCCUCUGAUCCAGGCGGGCGUGGCGGGCUUCAAGUGCUUCCUGAUCCCCAGCGGGGUGGAGGAGUUCCCCCACGUGGAGGAGAGAGACCUGCACAGGGCCAUGCAGCAACUGCAGGGCACGGGCACUGUGCUCCUGUUCCAUGCUGAGACAGCUGUGGAGCCGACAGAGCAGGGGGAGGAGGAGGCGGGGGAGGAGGAGGCGGGGGGGGCAGAGGAAGGGCCAGACCCCCGUGAGUACACCACCUUCCUGAGCUCCAGACCAGAUGUGAUGGAGCUGGAAGCCAUUCGCACCGUCACAGAGCUCUGCCUGCAGUACCAGGUGCGUUGCCACAUCGUGCACCUUUCCUCGGCCCAGCCCCUGGCUCUGAUCCGGGCCGCACGCCAGGCUGGAGCCCCCCUCACUGUGGAGACCACCCACCACUACCUCAGCCUGGCCGCGGAGGACAUACCCCCCGGGGCCACCCAGUUCAAGUGCUGCCCCCCCAUCCGGGGCCUGGCCAAUCAGGAGCAGCUGUGGUCGGCGGUGAAGGCCGGGGAGAUCGACAUGGUGGUGUCGGACCACUCGCCCUGCACCCCGGACCUGAAGAGGCUGGACAGCGGGGACUUCACGCAGGCCUGGGGGGGCAUCUCCUCACUGCAGUUUGGUCUGCCUCUGUUCUGGACCGCGGCGCGGGGGAGGGGCUUCACCCUGCUGGACGUGGUGAGGCUCCUCUGCCGCAGCACUGCCCAGCUCUGUCGCCUUGACAACAGGAAGGGCAGCCUCGUUCCUGGUCAUGAUGGCGACCUGGUGAUCUGGGACCCUGAGAAGGAGUUUGAGAUAAAAGAAGAUGGAAUUCACCACAAGAAUAAGCUGACCCCCUACCUGGGUCGGAGGCUGCGAGGGGAGGUGUGUGCCACCAUCGUGAGAGGUCAGGUGGUGUACAGUCAGGGCUCCUUCUCCUCCCAGCCCCUGGGGACCCUGCUCCUCCUCCCCCAGGACAACACCUCCUCCUCCCCCCUGUCCCAGCUCUGAGAGUCCUCAAGAAACACGUGCAGCAACUGCCAAUGUUAUUAAA